ACACGCAAAAUGGCUCUCUUUGAAGUCCCUGGCUGGUCCUUGCCCUCUGCACCGGUAACCUCUUCAUCACAGUCCACGUCUAAAAAGCGUAAGCGACCAGCGGAUGAUGGACACAAGCUGGAAUCUGCGACCGUCAAUUUGGACAAGUUGAUGAAAACGUUGGAGGGAAAGGACUCAGUGUCUAGCCAGGCUUCUAAGAAGAAAAAGAAAACGCAAAAAGCCAAUGUGGGGGGAAAGCAAUCACGUCCUUCGAAAGAGAGUAAUAUGAAGCAAUCAUCCCCAGUCGCGAAAUCCACAGCGCGACAGGAUAUACCUCACAAUCCAGACAAAGAUUCUCGGAAGGGGAAAAAGAACAAGAAUAAAUCAAAGCCUGAUGUGACUGUGCCUCCAAAAAAACCUUCCACUAAGAUAGACGUCAGCCUCUCCCAUGACGAUAGCUCUCUAACGACUCUACAGAAAGGUAUGAAAGGGAGUUUGGAUGGUGCGCGGUUUAGAUGGAUUAAUGAACUGUUAUACAAGUCGGUUAGCUCGGAGGCAGUUCACAUGAUGAAAGAGAAUCCCAAUGUCUUCGAAGAGUAUCAUUCCGGUUUCCGUCAUCAAGUCCAGUCUUGGCCUUCGAACCCCGUUUCGCACUAUAUAUCCAAACUGUCGACGUACCCUGAAAGGACUGUUGUAGCAGAUCUCGGGUGUGGGGAUGCUACUCUCGCUCGUGCACUUGUCGAUAAAAGCAUCAACGUCCUUUCGUUCGACCUUGUGUCGGAUGGAGCAUUCGUGGUUGAAGCAGACAUAUGUGCAAAAAUACCACUACCUGGCUCGGAACCAUCUCCUGGUAAAAAAUCUGAGGGAAAAGCUCAAGUGGUCGAUGUGGUAGUAUGCGCUUUGAGUCUGAUGGGUACAAACUGGCCACAAUGCAUUAGGGAGGCUUGGAGAAUCCUGAAGGCCGGAGGUGAACUAAAAGUAGCGGAAGUUGCAAGCCGUUUCACGAAUUUGAACGAAUUUACCUCUCUCGUUGGCUCUAUUGGGUUCAAACUGAAGUCCAAGGACAAUGGGAAUACUCAUUUCACGUUAUUUGAGUUCAAGAAAACGGCGCGAACGUCGAUUACAGACAAAGAGUGGUCUGAAAUCAUGUCUAAAGGAGAUGUCCUGAAGCCAUGUGAAUACAAACGACGGUAAAAGAUU